GGAUGAGUCCAACGCUCCUGACUCCGUAACCCCCUUUCAAAAGACCCCAGCUUUCGCUCUCCCUCUCUCUCUCUCUCUCUGGCCGCGCGUCCGUCCAAACCGGAUCGGCAUAAAUGAAUGAAACACAAGGGAAUAUCGACAGACAACCGCACAGGAAAACUCUCUGUCAAAGCAGCCUGUCAGGAGGAAUUUAUACUGGACUUGACAGGCAAUUCAACAUGAGUUUUUUCCUCUGGAACUUCACCUCAAGCUUGUCAAAUGCGUAAAGCGGCGACCGGUGCGACCUUUUUUUGCCCCCCUUGCAAAGGAGUCACACUGUGAUUAAAGGAUCAGGUUUUUGACUGCCAGGACAAAUGAAUACAAAUGAAUUUAGGCACCCGAAGGAGAGAUUGCAGAACCUCUCAUCUAGACACAAAGAGAGCCCUAUUGCUCUGUACCAUUUUAUAUUGUACUUGUUACCUGGGACUUACACAAGUACCCUCUGAAGAUGUGGACAUUCUCCAAAAGUUGGGGCUUAAGGGAGAGAGGACAUCACGCAGUCUGCCGGCAGGAGUCAUUCCGUUCAGAUCGGGGAUCAUCCUCAACCAGCGGGCGCAUAUUGAAGCUCCAUUGCGAUCAAUCUUUCCUCCAGCCAUCUGGCCUAACCUCACGCUGAUCCUGAGUGUACGCUCUCACCGUAUCAACAGCGCUUUCCUUUUCACCCUGCUCUCAGACCACAACAAGCUGCUUCUUGGUCUACAGCUUGUACCGGGAAACCUGGUCCUACACACGGGACCAAAUACCUCUGUGGCACUGCCCUAUGAGCCCCACGAUGGCCAGUGGCACCAGCUGGGUCUGGGAAUUAAUGGACAAAGAGUGACUCUAUAUGCCUCCUGCGGAGGGCAGAGUAUUCAUGCAGACUUUGGGUGGGACAGUGAAAAGGGGCUGGCUCCAGAGCUCCAUGGCUCGCUGCUGCUGGGGAGGACAAGCCAGCAGCAAACUUCAGCACACUUUGAAGGAGCCAUUUGCCAGUUUGAUCUGGUCCCUUCUGCACAGGCAGCUCACAACUAUUGCAGGUACAUUAAGAAACAGUGCAGGGAAGCUGACACGUACAGGCCUAACCUUUCUCCUUUGCUGCCUAUCGUACCGAGAGAAAGAAACAUCACAGCUACUGUUGCUACCCCUAAACGUGGUAGCCCAGUAAGCGCCAGGAAAACCACAGGGUUCAGCCUUGCCAGGAGCGCUGCAGCUGCAGCCUCAGCUGUCAGACAUGUGGCCCCCACCCAAACGAUAAAACCGAACCAAGGGACCAUCAUCCCAAUGACCCUGUUGGGAACUGUGAUACCAGUUACAGACCAAGUUGGUUUGGUUUCACCACCUCUCAAGACCAGAACCAGCACUGUCACAACACCACUCAGGACAGGAGCACCACCCACGAAACCAUCAACAGCAAGACCCUCCAGUCCUAAAGCUUUUAAUCAGAAACCCUCUAAACCUACUCCAUCAAAAUCCACUUCAUCAAAACACAGUCCACCAAAACCCAGUCCCUCUAAACCCAUUUCAUCAAAACACAGUCCACCAAAACCCAGUCCCUCUAAACCCACUCCAUCAAAACCCAGUCUGAUAAAACCCAGUCCCUCAAAACCCACACUCUCUAAACCCACUCUGUCAAGACCCACCCCUCAAAACAACCCAAAAAAUGCAAGUGCGGGAACAAGCAAUUCAAAGAAACCUACGAUACCAGUCAGUACCAGCACCAAACCCUCCAAGACAAAGCCUAAACCUGCAUUAUUAGACCAAGGUGCAGUCCCAAAGAAACCCCAACCCACCAGAGCCAGUAAAACUCCUCCCAAGUCUAAAGUUACAUCAUCGAAAGCCACUCCGUCCAAACCCAAACCAGAUUCUCUAAAAGAUGCUCCUUUUAAACCAACAACAUCAAAGAUCAACCGCUCAAAAUCAGCCACCCCCAAACCUACAGCUGCUAAAACCCCUAAGCCAACAAAGCAACCAAUGACCACCAAGGCUCCAGUCACCCCAAGACCUACUAAGCCUUCAUACAACCCAGUUACACCACCUGCUACUGAUGGCUUCCAGAGCUGGGAGGUGCCACCUACGCAGUUCUCCAUGCUGGUAGAAGCUAAGGGAGAGAAAGGAGAUAUAGGAUCGCAGGGGCUGCCUGGACCUCCAGGGAAGCCAGGCGUGCUAGGCAAGAGGGGUCCUCGGGGCCCCCCUGGUCCACAUGGAAACCCUGGGAGACCCGGUCCACCUGGACUCAAGGGGAACAAAGGUGACCCUGGAAUCUCACCUGGACCAGCACCCAAAGGAGAGAAGGGAGACUCGGGGAUCAUUGGCCCAGUUGGAAUGAUUGGCCAGCCAGGUCGAAAGGGACUGAAAGGUUUCCCUGGCCAACCCGGACUCCCUGGAGAGCCUGGUGAGCAAGGUCCAGUCGGGAGCCCAGGUGCCAAAGGUUAUCCUGGCAGGCAGGGUUUACCUGGGCCUAUAGGACCAAUGGGGCCUAAAGGCGUUCGGGGUUUCAUUGGAAUCCCAGGCCUUUUUGGCCUGCCCGGUCCUGAUGGCGAAAGAGGUAUACCCGGCGAACCAGGGAAGAGGGGCAAGAUGGGUAGGCCGGGGUUUCCUGGUGACUUUGGGGAGAGAGGACCACCUGGGCCAGAUGGAGAGCCAGGUAACAUGGGAGCCCCCGGUCCAAACGGAGUUCCUGGACUUAUUGGAGACAUGGGACCUGUGGGACAGAUUGGCCCGCCAGGACCUAAUGGACUGAAGGGGGUGCCUGGAAAUCCAGGAGAACCAGGACUGAAAGGUGAUAAGGGUGAAAUUGGGAUUCCUGGAGAGCAAGGGGAGAUUGGAUUCAAAGGAGACAAGGGUGUCCAGGGGGCCCCAGGUUUACCAGGCAUCCGUGGGAAACCAGGACCACAGGGAAAGCCAGGAGAGAAAGGUCCCGAUGGUACCCCCGGACCUCCGGGCCCUGAGGGUUUUCCUGGUGACAUGGGACCACCAGGAGAGAACGGCCUUGAAGGACCAAAGGGAAAACCAGGGGCUAGAGGUUUACCAGGCCCACGAGGGAUCCCUGGCUUGGAGGGAGACGAGGGCCCUAUUGGACCACCGGGCCUAACAGGACUCGAGGGUAGAAUGGGCAGGCAAGGAUUCCCUGGGAUACUCGGUACAGAGGGAGUUAAGGGAGAGCCCGGCAUCACUGGAAAAGUUGGACCCAUGGGAGAGAGAGGCUUGGUGGGCUUCAUUGGACCUGUGGGAGAGGUGGGACUGGCAGGAGAGAAGGGAGAUCGAGGGGAGAUGGGCCUUCCUGGACCACCUGGAGAAAAGGGACCAACGGGUCACCCGGGGGGACCGGGUGAGGCCGGACCUACUGGACCACAAGGAAGACCAGGCCCUCCUGGAACGACUGGGCCAACUGGUACCAGAGGGCCUAAAGGCUUGCGGGGAGCGAAAGGGCCUGACGGUCCAGCUGGAGAGAUUGGAUUAGAGGGCCAGAAGGGUUCUGAUGGUCCUCCAGGAAAAUUAGGUUUCCCUGGACCGCAGGGAAAGCAAGGAGAACCAGGAGAAACUGGACCUAAAGGAUUUUCUGGUAUCCAGGGGCCUUCUGGAUCUCCAGGGGACAAGGGAAUAGCGGGCGAGCCAGGACCGGCAGGGCCACGUGGGACUAUCGGACCUUUGGGGGAGACUGGUCAAAAGGGUCCUCCAGGAAAAGUGGGUGAACCAGGACUGCCAGGCGAGCCAGGGGAGAAGGGAGCCAUUGGACUUCCUGGGAAUAUCGGAGAGCAGGGACUAAUAGGACAGCGGGGAGAGCCAGGUCUAGAGGGAGAAGCUGGUCCGGCUGGUCCUGAUGGAACCAAGGGGGAAAAAGGUGACAUGGGUCAGGAGGGUGACAAAGGAGAAAAAGGUGAAACCGGACAAAAGGGAAAGGAGGGCCCACCUGGAAGUCCUGGAUUCACUGGUGUCAGGGGUCCAGAAGGAAAGCCUGGCAAAAUUGGGGAACAAGGCAAACCAGGGUCAAAGGGUGCCAAAGGUAAUCAAGGUCACCUCGGGGAGACUGGGUCAGUGGGGAAGACUGGACCGCCAGGUUUUGUUGGGCCAAAGGGUUCCAGAGGAACUAUUGGUCAUGUGGGAGCUCCCGGUCGAAUGGGUCAACAGGGGGAGCCUGGUCUUGCAGGUUAUGAGGGCCAUCAGGGACCUCAAGGCUCCAUAGGGCCUCAGGGACCAAAAGGUGAAAAGGGCGAACAAGGGGAUGAUGGGAAGGUAGAGGGUCCUCCUGGUCCUCCGGGUGACAUGGGACCUCCAGGGGACAGAGGAGAAAGAGGGGAGCCAGGAGAUCCUGGGUACAAAGGGCAAAUUGGUGUGGAUGGUGAGCGAGGUAGACCCGGUGCUUCUGGACUGCCAGGACAUCCUGGACCUCAAGGGCAGCAAGGACCCAAAGGGGCUAAAGGAGAUCAAGGUCAGAAAGGCAAACAGGGUCAGCCAGGACCAAAAGGAGCCAGAGGACCAGAAGGUGUAGGUGGUCCUCCUGGUCCUAGAGGUGUGGUGGGCCGAGAAGGUCAGGAGGGUGUACCCGGGGUGGAUGGAGUCCCAGGAAAAGAUGGCAGCAAAGGAAUCCCGGGAGAGCAUGGUGACGAUGGGGAGGCUGGUCUUCCUGGAAAAGCUGGCUUGCGUGGUAAAACUGGCGUUCCAGGACUCCCAGGAGAUCAGGGAGCUUUUGGACCAAAGGGUGAGCGGGGUCUUCCGGGUCAGAGCGGACCUCCUGGAAAAAGAGGCUUCAAAGGUGGAAUGGGAUUGCCAGGGCCACAGGGCGACAAAGGACCUAAAGGACAACCUGGUGACACAGGAGAGUCGGGUUUUCCAGGAGUUCUGGGAGUUUUUGGACCAAGGGGGCCUCCAGGAGACUUUGGGCCAAAGGGCAUAAGAGGGCCAAAAGGCCCCCAAGGAUCAGUGGGCAGACGAGGAAUUGUUGGUCCCAUAGGAAUUAUUGGUCCCAAUGGAAGAGCAGGUCCUCGAGGACAGAAAGGGAAUCGUGGCGAGACUGGAGCUCAAGGUCCAAGGGGAUCUCCUGGACCUCGUGGACCACCUGGACGUCCAGGUCCUCCAGGUGUCCCUCUGUCAUUUAAAGAAGAUGGUGUAUUGUUUAUGGAUUUACCCACCCCACUCAGGACUGAGAAUAAGCCUGUGAUGGACCUGCCGAUGCUGGACCAAGGUGCAGAGAUCUUCAAGACCCUCCACUACCUCAGUAACCUGAUCAAGAGCCUGAAGAACCCACUGGGCACUCGGACCAACCCUGCCCGCAUCUGCAGGGACCUGCACAGCUGUGAACAGAAGUUAAAUGAUGGCACGUACUGGAUUGACCCCAACCUGGGUUGCAUGUCAGACACAAUAGAAGUCACCUGCAACUUUACCGGAGGUGGACAGACUUGCCUGAAACCAUUAACAGUGUCCAAACCAACAGUCAGUGUUGGUCGUGUUCAGAUGAACUUCCUCCACCUGCUGAGCUCAGAGGCCGUGCAGCACAUCAUCAUCCACUGCCUGGAUGUCUCUAUUUGGAGGUCAGCUGAGGAUCAGCCUGUUGAACAGGGGUCUGUGAAAUUCAAGGCCUGGAGUGGGGAGGUGUUUGAGGUGGGAGGAGAGCUGGAGCCAGAAGUCUUGGAGGAUUCCUGCUGGAUAAAAGAUGGGCGCUGGCACCAGACCCAUUUUGUGUUCCACUCCCUAGACCCCACACUCCUCCCUGUGGUUGACAUUUACAACCUGCCAAAAGCUAGUCCCAGCUCUCAUUACCACCUAGAAGUGAGCCCUGUUUGCUUCCUGUGAGAUUGUGUCUUCAGAGCAAAGACGGAUGGAACAAGAUACAUUCGCAUAGGUGGAGAAUGGCGCAAUCUCCAAACCAACCAAACCAUGGCCAAACACUGUCCAAGCAAGAAGAUGCCACCAACCCCCAAACAGAUCCUGCUUCGCUCUGCCAAACUCCCUGGACUGCAAACACAGAGGGAGGAAGCACAGGGACCUCGGGCUGGAGCAGGGGGCAAAGAAGGGCUGAGAAAGAGCAGGGCAGUUCUCGCACUACAACCUUCUUCAGGCUCUUCGAAAAGGAUCUUCUCAUAUACACUUACUUGGAGAAAAUAAAGGCGCUAUGCCACAAAAUCUCUCCAGAACAUUUCUAAGUGAAGGGAGACAAAGGCCAAGUUAAUCAGUGGACAUUAUAGUAACUUAUUUUUGUAUACAGUCUGUAUACUGAGCGUACUUUUGGGGGGAAAAUACCAGAAAUUUAUUUCUGCUAGAAGAAAAGAAUUAAAGUAAUCCGGAUUAGUUCAAUGUACAUAUUUAUAUAUAUGCUUAUAAUUAACUUUUAUACCUGUAUAUCAUAUGUAAAUUAAUAAUAAUAGUAAUAAUAAUAAUAAUAAUAAUAAUAAUAAUCUUUAAGUGCAAUAGAAAACGAGAAGAUAAUUUGGUGUUUUAAAUCUAUAUGGAAGGAUUUGUCAGGGGUGCCUUUUAUUUUUUUGCCUUUGGUGCUCAUCUUCUCGUGAUCCGGCAUAGGUGAAUCAAUCCAGAGGGAGAGUUGUUUGCUUAAAUUGAGCAGAAGUCACAUUUAUAUUUGUUUUACUCCAUUGGGAGAUUUCCCUGAUGUGGGAAACACCCAGUGGCACACAGUCAGCCCUCAGUAAAUUACAUUCAAAGCCACAAGCCAAUACCUAUCCACAGGGGGUAUAUUAAAUACUUACUGGACCAGAUGCCACUGAUGAUUAGGGAGAAUUUAGAUGGAGAUUAGGGGUCAGGUUUAGGGAGACUAUGGAGCUCAGGUUCUCAGUAGUGUUUCUCUAACUGUGGAGUGUCCUUGCUUCUUUAUUUAUCAUUUACAGUAAAAGGUAGGUGUUCUUUUUAAAUCAGCAUCAGUCAUAAACCUCUCCUACCCCACCUGUACAGCAAUCUUUAGAGGAGAACUGAGCCACAUGAGAGAGUAGUGUGAAUACAGGAAUCCAAAUCAACCUCCAUUUCUAAGCCUGUCCUCUCUCUACUGUCUGGUGCUAGGUAAACUGUUUAAGGUGCUAGCCAUAGUGCUGUAUUUACACCACUGUGCAAAAAUAUCCCAAAUGUUUAUAGUGUUUGCAUGCUUAAACAAAUCAAAAAAUAUUGCCAUAGCUGUAUAAUGCACUAUAAUAGCGAUAUCCCAUCUAGCACUACAGAAUUCCCUUAAAGUCAGUCAUCUGUCAUUUAUGUAAAUGUGUUCAGUGUUGCAAUUGUAGGUGUAUUAGAGAGCUUAUUACUGAAAAAAAAAAAAUUCUGCUUUUGCAUGCCCGCAUAAAUCUCAGCAUUUGAAGUAUUUUUUAAAGCUAAAAUUGUUUUCUCUGUACAAAGCCCCUUCUCUCCCACAGCUGUAUGUAUUAAGUGUAGAGACACACUAGUGGAGAUAGUUUUUACUAAAUGAUAAUAAUAUUAAUAAAAAAAACAUUUCUUUGAUGUAGCUGGACACAAAUGUGUAUAAUUGUGUAAACCUUGCUGUAUACAAUGGAUCCCCUCUUGCUAAUUUAAUGUUAUUUAAUGUUGUUAAUGUGGUUGCUGACUGAAGCAAGUUUCUGUUGGUUGAAGCAAUACUACUCUUUCUGACAACUUUCGAAAAAUCAGUUAUCCCAACUGGUCUUGGAGUUUAUAGAUUUGUUUUAUGUGUAAAUUUGGGACUCCAGAGAACAAAUUUAUUGCAAUGUUAAUUCUUUUAUUUUUGUAACUUUUUUUUUCUGUUAUGUUCCUCUAUGAUAAUCAAACAUGUACUGUACCAGGAUUGUGCUAUACUAUCACUUGUGUUUUUAAAGAAAUUAUGCAAAUAUGUGAAUUUUAUUUUCCUUUUCCUUUUGUAAAUCUGUUGUAGACAUUUCAAGAAGCUAAGAAUACCUCACAAUUUUACGCAGGACUUGGACAGACGUCUUUUUCUUGCCUUUAUAAUUCAAAUCUGUUUCGGAAAUAUCAGCCAAAUGCAGCAAGUAAGUCCUCCAACUCUGAACAAAACGGUUUCUGUUGCCUUCAUCGUUUCUCUGUCUACUCUUUAGUCAUUGUUCGGUGUCCAUUUGUUAAAUAAAUACUUUUAAUUUG